CGGUGGCUGGGCUGGGGGCAGACGAGCGGGAUGGAGACGAAACGUGCUGUCAGCGCUUGGCGUGGCGCCCAGUGAGGUCCCUCCGGCCGGUGGAUCCCUGCCUGCCUCUGCCUCCAUCCGCCUCUGGCCCUGCAGGCAUACGGAGCGGAGCGUGCCGUGCGGCCCCCUCCCCGGCCGGGAGUUCUCGGUGUUUUAAUUCCUGAAGCCAGCCACGGCUCAGUGGGCGAUUUUCGGCCCCGUUAGUUUGGGGUGCGCAGGGGAAGCAUACGUAAAACCAGUCGGUACAAGCAGGGCCUGGCAAUGUUGACCUUCAGCGCAUGCUGCAGUGCCCAUGUCUGUGGUGCUGCUCUGAGACUCUGAAGGCAGAUCCAGAAGAACUAUUUACAAAACUGGAAAGAAUUGGUAAGGGGUCUUUUGGUGAAGUUUUUAAAGGAAUUGACAAUCGGACUCAAAAGGUUGUUGCUAUAAAAAUUAUUGACCUAGAAGAAGCAGAAGAUGAAAUAGAAGACAUCCAACAAGAAAUCACGGUUUUGAGUCAGUGUGACAGUCCAUAUGUAACUAAAUAUUAUGGAUCCUAUUUAAAGGAUACAAAAUUAUGGAUAAUAAUGGAAUAUCUGGGUGGGGGCUCUGCCCUUGAUCUAUUAGAGCCUGGCUCGCUUGAUGAAACUCAGAUUGCUACAAUAUUAAGGGAGAUACUCAAAGGACUUGAUUACUUGCAUUCAGAGAAGAAAAUCCACAGAGAUAUUAAAGCUGCUAAUGUAUUGCUGUCUGAACAAGGGGAAGUAAAACUGGCAGAUUUUGGAGUAGCUGGACAGCUGACAGAUACACAGAUAAAGAGGAAUACCUUUGUGGGAACACCAUUUUGGAUGGCACCUGAAGUAAUAAAGCAAUCAGCAUAUGAUUCAAAGGCAGAUAUCUGGUCAUUAGGCAUAACAGCCAUAGAACUUGCAAAAGGAGAGCCACCUCAUUCAGAAUUACAUCCAAUGAAAGUUUUGUUCCUCAUUCCUAAGAACAAUCCACCAACACUGGAAGGAAACUUCAGUAAAUCCCUCAAAGAAUUUGUCGAGGCCUGCUUAAACAAGGACCCAAGCUUUAGACCUACUGCAAAAGAGCUUUUAAAACACAAAUUCAUUUUACGAAACUCCAAGAAAACAUCUUACUUGGCUGACCUCAUUGACAGGCAUAAGAGAUGGAAGUCUGAGCAAAGUCAUGACGACUCCAGUUCUGAUGACUCGGAUACUGAAGCAGAUGGUCAGGCUUCAGGUGGGUGUGACUCAGAAGAGUGGAUCUUUACAAUAAGAGAAAAAGACCCCAAGAAUCUAGAGAAUGGAGCAGCCCAGUCUUUGGAGUUGCAAAGAAAUAAGGAAAAGGAUAUCCCAAAGAGGCCUCUAUCCCAAUGCCUGUCUACAAUUAUAUCCCCAUUAUUUGCAGAGUUGAAAGAGAAGAGUGAGGUGUGUGGUGGUAACACAGAUUCCAUAGAAGAACUGAGGAAGGCAGUUUAUUUAGCUGAAGAGGCUUGUCCAGGCAUUGCAGAUACCAUGGUGUCAAACCUUGUUCAGAGGCUUCAGAGAUACUCCCUUGCUGGAGGAAGUUCUUCAUCCUACUGACAUACUCUUUGUUCCUGGCUUUCCCAAGACAGCAGAGAUCCCAUGGUGUCUGCAUGGAAAGCAUUUACUGUAAUGCUGUUCUGCCUCUCAGUCUCUGAAAGUCCUUGGGAGGAAGGACAUUCCUAAGAGUGAAAAUGAAGUCUCUUGGAUGGAGGCAAUCUUUUUCAGCUCCUUAAAGCUAUAAUUUUUUUAAAAUGAUAAUGCACAUAUUCCAAGGAGGUGUCCUUUUGUAAAAUCUGAAAUGUAUAUUUAGGUUUAUGAUAGAGAAAUUGAAGAUAUUGAGAAACCUCAGGUAUCUUGCUUUAAGAAUUCCACUGGGAGAUGGAGCAUGGUUGUUGGAAUUGUGUACAGAUAUGUAUAUAAUGUCUUUUUUAAGAGAAAGCCUUUCAAUGUGCAUAAGGAAUCACUGUGUACAAAAUGGUAAAGUGCUUUUGUAGAGAAUGUUAGUGGGGUAAACAUUUGACAGGCCACAACUGAGUAUUGCCUUGCCUUUUAUUACAUGUAAAGUUUGAAUUAUGUGAUAAGUGAAUCUCGGUUAGAUUUUUAUAUGUGAAGUAUUUGCCAUUGAAAGAGUUAAUCCUGUAUUAUAGAACCUUCUAUUUGUACCUCAGCACAGGCACAAUUUUAUUCUGUUUCUUUAGCAUUUCUUUCUUUUUACUUAUAUUCUGAGCAUCACUUUCUAUUUAUGGUACUACUUCUAGUUGUUUUAAGUUUCAUACACCUGGCCUCUCAAAGCUUUAAAUUUAAAUUACUGUUUUUCCUAGAGAAUGAGUUCUUUCAUAUCUUCAGUUUCAAAAUGUGCCAAUGCAAAUUCUGAAAUAGUUCAGUUUUAGUAACAGAUAUUUGUGAAGCUUGUGAGAUUCAGACACAGUCUUUUUUCACCUGAACUUGUAUAAAUGCUGACAGAAAUCUUUAUUCCCUUCAUUUAUUCUGAAAUAUCUCCUUAAGGUGUAGAUUCUGAGACAGUGGCAAGUAUUUCUUUAUCAUGCCUAUUUUUAUCAUUAAAACAAAUGUCUUUCAGCAUAAAAGAAAAAUUAUCCAUAGAUUCAAUAUUCGGUCUCGCUGCCUCGAUCUGUGCAUCUCUGCCAAAACUGCUAGAUGUUGGACAGAGAGACUGUGAAACAGCCUGAGUGCUGUGUGCUGGGUCCUGCUGCUUGCCUCUCCAGAGAAAAGUUACUUCUUGAAAUUCUGAAUUUUAAAAUUUCCACUAUUCCUGUGAGGGCUUUUAGAUAGCUGACUUCAGGUGUUAUAGAUCUUGGAAACAGUAAUACUAGUUCAUUAGUUAUAUGCACAGUUGAUUAUAUAACUACUAUUUUUUUUUUCCCCGCAGUAUUACUCUGAGGUUUACCUUGGUUGGUUUCACCAAGACUAUAUUCAGGUUCUUCUUAUUCCAGUAGCUAAGAGAACAUUUUAACCUUCUUCUAAUGAAGAAAAUGAUGGCUUUAUGCUUUGCAUGACUGUGAGGUAACUUACAUAUUUACUUUUUUAAAAAAAUAUAGGUGGGAACUUUGGAACAGAAAGGAUUAACAUUUAAAAUACAGGCAUAUCUUCCUGGCUUGGUACAAGAAACCCAGGUACUCUAACCGUUGUGGAAGCUGGUGAGGUCUCCUUCCAGGAUUUCUAUCACCAUGGUAGCCCUUAGUCUAUGCAUAUUGAUAGCCUUAAUUUAUUAAUUUAAGAAUUUAACAGUAAGAGGACACUGUCUUGCUAACAGAGCUAAUAAACUUCUGCCCAGGUUGAAACAACAGUUGGAAGAAAUGUGGGUGUGUGUUCAUCUUGUGACUGUGCUUUCAGGCACUAUUCAUUUGCCAACCUAAUGAGGUAAUUGGUUUCCUUUAUGGCUAAGGGAAUUGAAAACAAAUCGAACAGUGCUAAAAUUUGAGCAAUGUUUUACAACUCCACUUUGAUUAGUAUUUUUAAUUAUGUUGUUUAGUGUGCUCUUAAGUGUUAUGGAUAGGCUCACUUCUGAGGAAACAAAUUUCACACUGCUUUUGUGAAAUGGGCAUCAGAAUGCAGUGCAGUGGGAAAUCUACCUGUUGAUGUCUCAAUAUGAGAACAUUCAGCUUUCAGUAGAUCCCUGUGCUGUGACUGUACAAGGAAAUCAACAGGUAUGUUUGCAUCGGAAAUAGAUCCGUGUAAGCUAUACCCUAGUCAUCUGUUAAUGUACAGACUGGAAAUUAAAGUGAGCUUGGAGAUGCACUGAACUCUGAGACUUAGUGGGGAAGUUAAACUUAUGCUGCUGCCUUCAUUGUCAAGAAUUUAUCAAUCAGCAAGUUGAAUAAAAUUUUAAGGUACACUCUUUGAACACUAAUUUGAAAAGUUAUAGAUAUGAUUUGAGUUGCAUUUUAGUUGUGUUCCAGAACUGUAGAGGAAGUCCUCUCUGAGCAGAUAGUGGCAGAAUUGGCUUGAAUGUGUCAGAGCUUAAGAUGAGUAAGACUUGUGGUGAGGGCAGGUGGCCAAAAGGCUUGGGCAUUUCGAAGAAGACAAGACCUCAUUUAUGGUAGAGAUGUGUAUUUUUAUAUGUAAUAUACAGAUUAUUUAAAUAUAGACUAUCUUAAACUGAGAUUCACUGAAAAAAAAAGCGUGCUGUAUCUUGAAUGUAGAAGUACAAUCAUUUGCUAUUUAAAAGUAUUGAUGCUUUAAAAAUCAGGUCUAUAUUGGUAACAGAAGAGGAGCUUCAUUUGAAAGAAGCAUCGCUUCAGUUUUUCAGAGGAAAAGAAGUGUAUUGAUAUUUUUGAGAGAUUUUUUCAUGCUUAAAACAUGUCUGUGUUAUGAUGUUGCACUGAUGAUUUUUCUGUGCAGGUAGUACUUCAUUAGUCUUGACUAUACUAAAUGACAAGUUAUCCCUAUUUAUGCAAACCUUUAAAUUAGUAGAACUGCUUAUUUGUCAGGGAUUUCAUGAUUAGGCAGUAAAUAAACUCACUGUUUAAAACCAAUAAAAUCAGUUAUUUGAACUGAA